ACAACCCGGAAGUGCGACAACAACACAGAGUGCCUGAGUUUGAGAGAGGUGAAGAUGUCGCAUGUUGCAAAGAAAAGAAAGCUGGACAAGAGCAGACAGGACAGACUUUACUUUGACAGCUACACCGAUGUGACCAUCCACGAGGAGAUGAUCGCGGACCACGUGCGUACAAACACCUACCGGAUGGCGAUCCUGCGGAACAGCGACUUACUCCGGGACAAGGUGGUCUUGGAUGUGGGAGCAGGAACCGGCGUGCUGAGCAUGUUCUGUGUGCAGGCCGGAGCCAGGAAGGUGUACGCGGUGGAGGCAUGCUCGAUCGCCGAGCAGGCCGUGAACAUCAUCAGGCAGAACAGCAUGGAGGAACGGAUAGAGGUGAUCCGAGGUACGGUGGAGACGGUGGACCUACCUGAGCAGGUAAAUGCACUCAUUAUUAUAAUGUUGAGCAUAUACAUGGAGCUAAAUACAUGGAAAACUGUUAGGCUCAGUGAAUUUCUGAAGGUCUGACCUUUGUCCUUUUGUCUUUUAUCUUAAAUUAUGUUAAACCAAUCCAGAUACAAAGUUUAUUCCCCAAUUUUUGUCUCACAAAUUUCAUAUUUAUAUCACAUACAGUGGGAAUAAGUCUACACACCCCUGUUCAAAUGCCAGGUUUUCGUCAUGUAAAAAUUAAUCAAGAUAAAUAUUUUCACAAAUUUUUCCACCUUUAAUGUGACCUAUAACCUGUACAACACAAUUGAAAAACAGACAGAAAUGUUUCAGGGAGGUCAAGUAAAAAUAAACACAUGAGACUGUGUGGUUGCAUAAUUGUGCACACCCUUUAAUAACUGGGGAUGUGGCUGUGUUCAGAUUUAACCAAUAACAUUCAAACUCAGGUUAAAUUGGAGUCAGCACUCACCUGUCACCAAUCAAAGUGCUUCUGAUCAACCCCAAAUAAAGUUCAGCUGUUCUAGUAGCUUUUCCUGACAUUUUUGUAGCCCCAACUUCCAGCACAAGAUAUGGUCCACCGAGAGCUUCUAAAGCAUCAGAGGGAUCUCAUUAUUCAAAGAUAUCAGUCAGGUGAGGGCUGCAAAAGAAUUUGCAAGGAAUUAAAUAUACCAUGGAACACAGUGAAGACCGUCAUCAUCAAGUGGAGAAAAUAUGGCACAACAGUGACAUUACCAAGAACAGGACGUCUGUCCAAAAUUGAUAAUAAGACAAGAAGAUAACUGGUCAGAGAGGCCACCAAGAGGCCGACAGCAACACUGAACGAGCUGCAGGAAUUUCUGGCAAGUACUGGCUGUGCAGUACAUGUGACAACAAUCUCCCACUGUCUUCAUAUGUCUGGGCUAUGGGGUAGGGUGGCAAGAUGGAAGCCUUAUCUUACAAAGAAAAACAUCAAAGCCCGGUUUAAUUUUGCAAAAAGACAUCUGAAAUCUCCCAAACGCAUGUGGGAAUAUGUGUUAUGGUCUGAUGAAAUCAAAGUUGAACUUUUUGGGCGUCAUUGCAAAAUGUAUAUUUGGCGCAAAAUCAACACUGCUCAUCACCAAAAGAGCAUCAUACCCACAGUGAAGCAUGGUUGUGGCAGCAUCAUGCUUUGGGGCUGUUUUUCUUCAGCUGGAACUGGUGCCUUAGUCAGGGUGGAUAGAAUUAUGAACAGUUCCAAAUAUCAGUCGGUGUUGGCACAAAACCUUGGGCCUUCUGUUAGAAAGAUGAAGAUGAAGAGGAACUUCAUCUUUCAGUACAACAAUGUCCCAAAGCACAAAUCUAAAUCAACAAAAGAAUGGCUUCACCGGAAUAGGAUUAAGACUUUGGAAUGGCCCAGCCAGAGCCCAGACCUGAAUCCCAUCGAACAUUUGUGGGGUGAUCUGAAGAGGGCUGUGCAUCGGAGAUGCCCUCACAAUCUGUCAGAUUUGGAGUGGUUUUGCAAAGAAGAGUGGGCAAAUAUUGCCAUAUCAAGAUGUGCUACGCUGAUAGACUCCUACCCAAAAAGACUGAGUGCUGUAAUAAAGCCAAAGGUGCUGCAACAAAGUAUUAGUUUAAGGGUGUGCAUAUUUAUGCAACCAGGUUAUUUUAAUUUUUCUAUUUUUCCCAUUAAAGGUUUCACUUUGUUUUACAAUGUUGUACAGGUUAUAGGUCACAUUAAAGCUGGGAAAAGUUGUGAAAAUAUUUAUCUUGCUGUCAUUUUCUUACAUCACAAAAACCUGGUAGUUGAGGGAUGUGUAGACUUUUUAUAUCCACUGUAUAUGUUAAUAACAAAUGUCUUGAUCACCUGAUAAUUUGUUUACUAUAACAGGCAUGUAUCACCGUAAUUAUCUCUCUACCAGGCGGACGUGAUAGUAAGCGAGUGGAUGGGGUACGCUCUCCUUCAUGAGUCCAUGUUGAACUCAGUGCUGUAUGCUCGCGACAAGUGGCUGAAACCAGGUGGGCUGAUCUUGCCAAACAAAGCCGAGCUCUACAUCUCCCCCAUCAGCGACCCAGUGGUGGAGGAUCGGCUCCACUUCUGGUACACUGUGAAGGACCAGUAUGGCGUGGACAUGUCGGCUAUGUCUGGGUUCGCCCGUAAAUGCAUCAUGAACUCUGAUAUCACUGUGAACCCUGUGACCGUGGAGGACGUGCUCUCGCACCCGGCUCGCUUUGCAGAGCUUGACCUGAACUUGGUCACUGUGGAUGACCUGAAGUCAGUCAAAGGAAAGUUCACGUGUAAUUCUUUUGGUUCUGCUGCUGUUAACGCCUUCUGUGUCCACUUCACGGUCACAUUCCCGUGUCCGGAGAAACCGCUGGUGCUGUCCACGUCCCCAUUCAAACCAGAGACACACUGGAAGCAGGCAGUGCUAUACCUGGACGCUCCUGUGGAGGUGGUGCAGGACACAGUGGUCAGUGGGGAGGUCAACAUGUACCCAUCUGAGGAGAGUGCCAGACACAUCUGCAUCCACUUGGACUACACGAUAGGAGAGCAGAAGAGACAGUCCAAGACUUUCUCCAUCCCAGACUGGAGCAGUGAAGCUCAAUGAGGCGUUCAGGGUCAGACUUAAAAAUCAGGAAACACACCCACUCAGAUGCAAAAAUCUGCCCUCCAGCUUCUGGAUUUAUUGGUUUAUUUUAUUUUUUUUUAUACUAAGUGCAAGAAGGAGAAUGAGUGAGGAUGACACCCUCAGACUUCUGAUUUUGUCCACAUUUACAUCCAAUCUCAUAAAGCAAGGUUUACAUAUAUGAUCCUGGUAAAUCCUGGUUAUGAUUUAGUAUUCCAGAUUUGAGUCAUGCAUGUAAACCUCUUAACUGGUUCAGAAACUUAAACAUGAAGAAACUAGACUACUGAUGCCAUACUGCAGGUCUCCACUUAGGUUCAAUCUCUUAGUUUUCAGUUAAGCAUGUCAGUUUGUCCUGAAUAAUUAUGACUAAAAAGAUCAGAAAGAGAAUUGAAAAUAAAUUGUGACAGUCCAAAACUGCAUUAAAGAAUUGUGCUGUGCUUAGUUGGACUGGCAUCCGUAGAGUUUUUUUAGGAGGGAUCUAUUUUUACCAUGAGAAGACUUGAUUUGAAUAUUUUUUUCACUCAUUCAACAGAUGGUAUGCUCUGAUUCAUCUUUUACACCCUAUACAUAUCCAUGCCAUGAAGUGAUAUUCCACAUCUAUCCAUAGAUGGUGUUUGAGAAGAACAGAACCUUUAAAAGGAACUUUGAGGGCGAUUGGUUGAACGGUCUGUCCUUCACAAUCGUCAGGGUCCAAUUAGAACAAUAAAGUAUGUAACAGGCGUGUACAGAGUGCAAACUAAACUAAAUUUACUCCAUCAAGCAUUUCAUCCCAAUGUGUUUUGUCAUUUUCAUCUAUUUGCAUAUAUGUUUCAAGAAAUGUUCCAUAAUAUGUUGUUGCAUCUUCAGAAGUGGACUCCUCCUUUUCUGAGUUUUUGUAGUUUUCUGAUUUUUGUUCUUGGUGAUCUGUAUUCCAGUGAAGUGUAGGACAGAGGAGACAGCAGAGCCACAUGAGACGCAACAUCUUUAGGGUCCAAAUAGUUUUAGUACGUAGUGCAUAAAGGACGAUUCAGAGAAAACUUUGUUGUGUUACCAUUUCAUAGAAAUAUUGAUGUUUUGUGGUCAUGAUUUUUACCUUUAAGGUCAAAAAGGUCAAGUCAUUGCUUUCCACUUAUUAAAUCUGCCAAAAUAAAAGCAGAAUAAUGUCAUGUUUCUAUGUGCUGCAGCUCUGAGUUUUAUAAACUUAAAUAAGAUGAAUUACUGAAAAAAAAACAAAAAAAAAACAAGCAGUCCUCAUAUUAUAUAUAUUUUUGUUUAUGGCAAAUUUGACAUUCAUGACUUUGUAUUAAAAUCUUUUUUCAGCAACAUGUUUGUGUCAUCUCAGUUUAUGAUUUGGACUGAUGAAUUUCAGAAAAUAAAAGUUUUACUCUGAUUCCUUUUUAAUUUCAGAUUUUUACCAAUUCUCUCUUCAAAUUGAAACCCUGAUUUAUACUCAUUAUUAAUUUUAUUAUUUUAUUUUAUUUUUAUUUAGUCUAUCAAAAUCGAACAAAUAUUUGUUUUUAAGUUAAGUUUAUUGUCUGGAUAGGUUAGGGUUCUAAUUGUCAGGUUUUACUGAUAGUUUAAUUCCUCGCUGUAUGACAGAGAUCUGAUUUUCUGAUGGGUAUACUCAUGAAUUCUGUGUUGAGCCUGAUCAGUAUGCAGCUUUCAGAUGAGUUUUAGAGUCAUAUAUUGACUUGGACACUCUGCAGUCAUAAAGAAGAUGUUUCAUGCUGGUCUGUUUUCAGAUUUUAAUAAAAAACUAAACUGGCU